AUGGUUCAUUCUGACGCGUUCCUAUCUGAAAAAGGCGUUGUAAGCUGCCUCGGCGUCUAUGCAGCGUGGCAUUGGAGUACGGGAAACCUACAAUCUCAGACCCAUGGUUUAUGGAAAACGCAACCUAGCCCUGAGCAGAGGAAAAUAUUCGAUAUCUUAACCAAACACUUCACUCUCAAACUGGAUGAUGUGAAGCAGGAAAGAUGGUGGACCCUGAUCACCCCAGCAUUUAGCCACAUCCAAUCCGACCACAUCUUCGGAAAUCUGCUCGCUUUUUCCACCUUUUCGAGAAUGUUACUUACAUGCGGGAUUGGUCCUCUACGUUAUGGGUUGCUGAUUCUGGGCUCCGCUGUUUCGGGACAUUUGGCAUUCUUGUACCAAGCUUCCCUGCGACAGCCUAGAGGGUGGGCUUUUUUCACGCAGCGCGCAGAGCUACAGGCACUUGGCUUGUCGGGCGUAGUCAUGGGUCUGGGUGUUGCCGUAUCGCUAGCAGCGCCUAGGGCUAAGAUUCUCGUCUUCGGCGCAGUCCCAAUGCCAGUCUGGCUGCUGAUGGUGCUGUACAUUGUCUACGACUCUGCGGGACUAGAGGAUCCAACCUCGACGGUCGGACACGCAGCGCAUCUCGGCGGAGCUGCCUUCGGAGCCGCCUUCUAUCUACUGGCGCUGCGGAACAACGCGGCGCUUCCAUUUUCCUGGCUUUUGAAGAAUUGA